CCUGCUUACUCCACUAGGGGGUUCUACACUGGAAACAUCUCGGAAGCCUUCCCCGCAUCCUGCCUGUGGCCUACUACACAGUAUGUGGUGGCACUUUACUCUCACAGAAGGAAGCCCAUGGACUAGUGACACGAGGCCUGUCACCUAAGUCAGUGAAGGAUGCCGGUGUGGCAACACUCUGACGGACCAGUGUCCUCCUCCUUCUGCGUGUUGCACUCUUUCGCAAUCUCAGAAAAAAUGGUAUGAAAAGACAGUAUUUUGUGACACGAGAAGCUCCUACUUUUCUAAUGAUGGACGUGUAUUAAGAUGGACAUCUGUUCUACACGAUACCACGUUCUUCGGUCUCGAAGGAGCAAGCGCCCAUUUAAAACCAAUCCUAAGUAAAAACGGAGCUGCAUGGAUGUCAGAAUGUUUGUGAGUGGCAGAAGAGUAAAAAAAUGGCAGUUCAUUCAGUUAUUUGCCACUUGUUUUAUACUAAGCCUCAUGUUUUUUUGGGGACCCAUCGAUAAUCACAUUGUGAGCCAUAUGAAGUCCUACUCUUACAGAUACCUCAUAAAUAGCUAUGACUUUGUGAAUGAUAGCCUGUCUCUUAAGCAUAGUGUGGAUGGGGUGACUCGCUACCAGUACCUGAUUAACCAUGAGGAGAAAUGUCAGGCACAAGACAUCCUCCUGUUAUUAUUUGUAAAAACUGCUCCCGAAAACUACUACCGACGUUCCGCAAUUAGAAAAACGUGGGGCAAUGAGAAGUACGUUCAGUCUCAGCUUAAUGCCAACAUCAAAACUCUGUUUGCUUUAGGGACACCUGCUAACCCACUGAUGAGAGAAGAACUGCAGAGAAAACUGGUCUGGGAAGAUCAAGUGUACAGUGAUCUAAUCCAGCAAGACUUUGCUGAUUCUUUCUAUAAUCUUACUCUUAAAUUACUUCUGCAGUUCAGUUGGGCAAACAGCUUUUGUCCUCAUGCCAAAUUCCUUAUGACAGCUGAUGAUGACAUAUUUAUUCAUAUGCCAAAUCUUAUCGAAUACCUUCAAAGUUUAGAAAAAAUUGGUGUUCAGGACUUUUGGAUUGGUCGGGUUCAUCGCGGAGCUCCUCCUGUGAGAGACAAACGCAGCAAAUACUAUGUCCCUUAUGAAAUGUACCAGUGGCCAGCUUACCCUGACUAUACUGCUGGAGCUGCCUAUGUGAUCUCUGGCGACGUAGCCGCCAAAGUCUACGAGGCGUCACAGACACUUAACUCUAAUCUUUACAUAGAUGAUGUGUUCAUGGGCCUCUGUGCCAAUAAAAUGGGGAUAGUACCACAACACCAUGUGUUUUUCUCUGGGGAAGGGAAAACUCCUUAUCAUCCCUGCAUCUACGAUAAAAUGAUAACAUCUCAUGGACACGUACAAGACCUUCAGGACCUCUGGAGGGAUGCCACAGACCCCAAAGUCAAAACAAUUUCAAAAGGGUUUUUUGGUCAAAUAUACUGCAGGAUAAUUAAGAUAGUUCUCCUCUGCAGACUGACCUCUCUUAACACGUAUCCUUGUAGGGCCGCCUUUGUCUAAUGGUACUUGAAUGUUGUAUGUUUUCACUGUCACUGAGCCAAACCUGGGUGAAAAAACUUUAUGUAUUUGUUGAUACCUUAAGUAAAAUGAGUAUGAAAAAGCGAAGAAAUAUUUUGAAAACCCAGUCUAUCAGAAUGUUUCUUUGAUUCUAGAAGCUAUUCAGUGUAACUUAUCUACUUCAUGGCCCAAAUUCAUUUCAAGGAAUUUAUAUUUAGAGAAGGGUUAUGGAGACAAAACUAAAGGGAAACUCAAGUUCUCACUCGAUGCCACGUGUAUAUUUGAGGCAUAGAGAAGUUAUUAAGGUGCCUUGGUGUUAGAGUAAGUGCUUUUGGAAAAUACUAAGUGAAUGUAAAGUACAACAUUUCAGAGAAAUGGGUAUGUUGUCAGACCAGAUUUACAAAUUAGUUUUCACUGGAGAGCACAUGACUGGGGGAGAUGGGAGCAGCAGAGGAUUGGCAUAGGAGAAAGUACUUGAACCUGAAAAGAAAGUUACUGUUCUUCAGAGGGGACUUAGAAAAAUGUACACAAUUUCUUUAGAAACAGCCAAAUCAAUUGUUGUCACAUCCCUGUAGCUAACUUACCUAUAUAGUAUUAGAAUCAUUUAAAAUAUAUUUAUAUCAUUUUUCAAAGUGUAAUGUGAAAUUUGAGCUGUCAUUCGCUCUGGCCUAACUGGUACUUCAUGUGAAUUUUUUGAUUAUUAGAAAUGACACAAAACAUUGGCAGUUUAUUGCUCACAAGGUCUUUAUCUAGGGAGAAAUCAUUGUUCAUUCAAAUCAGCCAAUUUUAAUGAAUUUUUCAGCUGGUUUUUAAAUAUUCAAUAUCAGCCUGUUUCUAAGGUAGUUAUUUGAAUGUAGUUUGCAGAGAGGAAUAUAAUAAUGGAGAGGACUUCAAAAAGAAAGAACAUUAAAUGCCUCUUUUCUCCUUUUCUGUAAUUUAUAAAAUAAAAUUCUUAGUGUGUAAAUUAUUGUGACAACGAAAAUUAGCCUAUCCCUCCCCAACAACAUCUCCUAAACCACAGUACUUUGUCAGAUUCUAAAAUCAAGAGUAUUCAACAUCAAAUCAAAGCUAUCCUACCUUAAAAAAAAA